GGAGAGAGGAGAAACUCUCCAACCAGAAGGCUCUCCCCUUCCGUUUGGUCUGUAUAUUUCUCUCACCAGCUUUAAACCAUGCACAUCUGUCAGCCUCUUGGUAUAUUUCUGCAGAGAUGUUGCCAAGCCUGAUCAUCUGCGCCUGCCUGCCUGUUCUGGGCCUCCACUGUGCAGCUGACAUGUGUAACUGGUCUGGAAGCGGUCUUGCAGCUGGAGCGGAUCCCAGAAUCGUCUUGCAGGUGCGGCUCCGCUGCACAGAGGGCUACAUCAGGUGGGUCUAUCCGGGUCAGGGUCUCCGGGUGGCGCUCGAGCCCAAUCUGUCUUCUAUCCGGUACAAUACGGUCUGCAUCCAGCCUUCUCCGUCCCUAAACGGAACCAGCGUCUUCAUUGAGCGGGCCGGACACCUGAAGCUGCUGCUGAUGGGAGAGGGCGGGCGCUCGGGAAGGCAGGUGUUCUGUUUCCGGGCGGAUUGGCCGCAGAGGCCGGUCAUUUACCUGCAGACCGCUCCACACAGUCCUGGAGCAUGGAGCAGGCGCGUGGGCUUCAGGUACGAGCUGCUGCGCAACAAGAGCGCCAACGGUGGGCUGCAGGCUUCAUGCCGACCCUGCAAUGACACAGAAUUGCUCAUGGCCGUGUGCAGCAGUGACUUUGUUGUUCGAGGCUACAUUAAAGAUGUCUUCCAUGACGCUCGACAGCAGAUUUCGCUGAUGGAAGUGUUGACGACCAGGGUUUACUGGCAACGUAGUAGAGUGUUUGAGAAACCAGGGCAUCCAUAUGUGCCGUCUCAGUCCCGGCAUGGACACAUCCGGGUGCUCUUCCAAUGCAAAGUCAAGCUUGGGGAUGGACAGUUUCUCUUCACUGGAUCAGAGCACUUUGGGGAAGCUUGGUUAGGAUGUGCGCCACGCUACAAAGACUUCCUGUCCAUCUAUCACAAGGCCAGGAUAGGACGUAAGAAUUCCUGCGACUUCCCUCUGGACUGAAGAAAUGUGUUGUUUAAGUAGCCGAAGAGACCCUGUAUCGGCACCGUGGGGACCUUGUAAAGCUGUCAUAUGCCAACAAGAUGGCAUCAAGGUUCAGUAGCAGGGAGAAGCUGCUGAAAUGAUGUCUAAAAAAACACAUGUAAUGGGGGAGAACAGCAGGGCCUCCUGAACUGAGGCUCAGAGAGGGCUGGCCUUUGUCCUCUAGCAUCGCUGCCUUUAGUCCUGGGAGACUGAGGAGGGGUUGGGUUGCUGCACUCUCUUUAAACAGUCCUCGCAUUAGCUGUUGUUCUCUUUGCAGUCUGUGAGACCAUUGCUCUAUGAUACUAGAUGGGAGAGAAAAGGAAGGUCUUCUAUUUGACAUCAUAGGCUUUGUGAGGUUAAGCUUAGGCAUAUGCAUGCCUGUAGGAGUUUGCUUUACCCAGUUUAUAUUACGCCUCUUUAAUUCAAGUUUUUGCACUUGUAUUUACAGGCUAAAGAUGAUUAAAAUAUGAUGGGUAAAUAUCUGAAACAGGACAGUAAUAUUCUCUGCAUGUGUGUGUCUGUAGUGGUGUAAUGAUGUUUGAUGGGUGGAACGAUGCAGCAUCGAAGCAAAAGUCACACUGGUUGCUUUUAAAAAUGUAAAAAAAGGUUUAUACUGUGUCCUGCAAAGGAAAUUUCAUGUUAAACUGUUUUUAAUAGACCGACAUAAUGUAAUAAUUGAGAUGGAUAAAGUCAAAUAAGUAAAUUUGUUUACUUUGUAUAAAUACUGUCUUCUGCAACUCCUUUAUUUCUGCAUCUCUAGAGAAGGACAUUCAGAUGGGAUGAACAGCAGUUUUUCAGACACGUGUUCAUCAUAGGAUUUAGAUCUGGACUUUGACUGGCCCAUCCUAAUACAAGGACUGGUUUUGAUGUAAAUUAUUCUAUCAUAGCUCUGACUGUAGGUUUAGGGUGAUUGUCCAGGUGGAAGGUCAAUCUCUACUCUUUCUAUUUCUAUUUCAGCCUAUAAAAAGUUACUCCUCGUUAUUGGCCCAACAUUGGCAUCUUUAAGAAAACUACACAUAUGCCUUUAAAAUCUAUAUAUGUGAUGUUUGUAACUGUUUUGUAAUUAUUAAAACUGAUAUCUUAAAGGAAAAUUAUUCAUUCCCUGAAAAAAAAAACCUCCAAAUCCAUCAGAUCAUAUACUAAACUCUAACUCCUCUUCUUUUUUCCAUAAGGGUUUUCUUCUCUUAUUCUUAUCUAAUUGUUUUGGAGAAUUGGAUUCCUGUAGAAGUGUUCAACAUGUAUCCUUUACUUCAUGAUAACACUAAUGAUAAUAGUGUUAAAUAAAAUGGGUAGAUCACGACUAGAUGGGGUCGGAAACAGAACUUUCAUUUUGAAUUUAUGCCCCUCUGUUUCUUGGUUCAGGAAGACAACAGAUGUGGGGGCCCCUCAAAUCCCAGAUAUCCUCCCCCGUGGCCCCUCCCAUUCAUGAGAAGAAUCAAUUGACUUUUAAAGCUGCUGCUUACUGAGCUCUUCCACACAUCCCUCAAUGGCUACGGCAAGCUCACAAAUUUGCGAACUAAACUUUUUAUUAGCACUAAAUAGCUGCCAGUGAAAGUGUACAUGACUGAGUAGUGAACAGCGAGCACACAAUGGCCCCAUGGUGACAAGGUCUCUAUCAGGCAUAAUAACCAUUGCUUUAGCUGUGGUCAUAGAUAAAGGCUGCCUGGGCAAUGGAUUUUAAGAAAGACGGAGGAUAAAAUGUGUUUAACUCACGUAACAAUAUAAUGUCUUGUUUUUUUUUCAUCUUUAAGCUUUUAUUAAACCUUUUUAGGGCAAACAGAACCCAUACACAGACAAAUACCAUGCU